AUGUCCACCCCCAAGCCCAGCCUGUACAUCAUCCCCAAGGUGCUCAUGUUCUCUCUGUAUAUCAUCCAAUGCAGCGCGCCCACAUAUCUCUCGCUCAUCUACCAAGAUCGGAUCGGGCUCCCCUCGACCAUGAUCGGCAUCAUUUCGGCCAUCCCGCCGUUCGUCGCCAUCAUCGCAGGGCCCUCCUUGUCGCUGAUCGCGGAUAUUACGGGACAACCGAAGGUGUUGCUCGCGGUCGCAAUUGUGGCGACGUCGGCGACUUUGUGGUUGUUUGUGCUUUUGCCGCUUACGUUCGGAACUGCUUGCGUGGUUGCCGUGCUGUAUGCUGUUACGAGCGCGCCUAUCGGGUCUAUGAUGGAUGUGAUUGCUCUGAAUAUGCUGGGUGAACAUACCAUUUUGUACGGUCAGCAGCGUGUCUGGGGCUCCAUCGCUUGCGGUGUGACAUCCUUCGUCGGAGGAAUGAUUGUUCAAAAGACCGGAACGAUAAACUCCAUGUUUGUCUUCCACUCGAUCACGGCCUCAAUAUUCCUCGUCCUGCUCAUUGGCGUCUCCCAGCCCUGGAAGCGCCACGGGAGCCACGAGAAAGAUGAUACAAAACUCGACGACGGUCCUGUUAAGCCCAGAAACAUUGCAAAGUCUGCCGCCGUUGAAGAAGAUCUCGACGGCACGCUUGAAGAACUGCGGGACAUGCCGGGCCCUAUCGGCGGCCCUAACGCGGCUGCACUGGGUCGCAGCCGAUCCCGGCGACUUUCCAUUGUCGAUGCGGCCCGUCGCGCAUCACGGCAGGGAAGCAUUGCAGCAUCGUUGGGAGUAACUUCAGUUGCGGAAGCAGCGGCAGCGGCGGCUGCGUCCGCUGCCGACGAAAGCGCGAAUGGUCCAUCCUUUGGCUGGCUGCUUGCGCCGGAUGUCCUAGCGUUCUUCUUCUCGAAUACCUUGUUGGGGGGAGUAAUGUCGGUGAUUGGUAGCUUCCUGUGGAUCUUCUUGACGAAUGAGCUGGAUGCAAGUGCGACCAUCAGAGGAAUGACAGGAACGGCGCAGGUGGUGCUCCAGCUGCCUUUCUUCAUUUUCGCGAAGCAGGUAUUGCAAAAAGUAGGAAUCAGGCGAAGUAUCAUCAUCGCGAAUGCAGUCACCGUGUUUCGAUUUCUCGGCUAUACAAUACUGAAGAAAGGACCGAUGGCCAAUCUCGUGCUUGGAAUCGAGUUGAUUCACGGUUUGGCCUUCUCUCUGAACUGGACAGCAUCUGUCGCUUACGCCGCAACGGUGGCCCCUCCGGGAAUGGAGUUCUUGGCGCAGGGAAUUCUGGGUGCAUUCUACGGAGGCCUAGGAUCAGGUCUAGGCGGUCUUAUUGGAGGGUUUGUCUACGCUUCCUUCGGCUCCAAGAUUCUGUUCUUUGGAUGCGCCGGUGUCACGGGUGUAUCACUCCUCGUAUACGUCCUCGUACCUAUGCGCAAACUGAAGCCCGAGCGCGAAGACAACGUCCCUCCAAACGAGCGGAUCAUGGAUCGCCGCGGCAGCCAGCGUCUUAUGGAGAUGGAAGCUGGGGUUGGUCGACGACCAAGCGCGGCUGCAGCACAUGCUGCUGCCGCCGCCGCUGCGGCGGGGAGCGUGCGACCGUCGCUGGAUACGGCCGACAGUCUUUACGUUGACUAUGCAUCGGUUGCGGACAGGCGCCCAUCUGCCGUGGCGAUUGCGGUCGCCAAUCUGGGCCGGAUGAACUCCAUGAUCAACGUUUGAGGAACUGCAUUAGUCACACAAUGCUGCCGCUCGGUCACCCAGUUCCCUGGAUUUCGAUUAUGUAGGCCUUUUUGGGGCAGAGCUAGACUGUGGCGAACGGCGGACUCCAUGUGCAGUGGAUGGACUUCGGCUGAUGGAGACCUGCCGUGAGAUAGGAUGUGAUCGGGGAGGAAAGCGGACCGCAUGAGAGUUUUCAUCUGAGCGACCUUUUUUGCGACUGCAACCAUAUUCGCCUUAUACACUUUGAUUUUGAUUAUGCUCUUUUUUCGUAGAAUGUUUUGCUUUAACAGUUUGGUUGGGGAAAAUUUGACGGGGG